AUGCAUUCUUCGCUGCAACAGCAACAAAAGAAGAUCCAAAGUGAUCAUCCAGGUGGUCGCUUGGCGAAUUGGAAUACCCCAAACAUACCAGCGAUUAAGACGGAACCAAGAGAAGCAUCGCCGCAACAUUUGUAUCGGGCGCCCUCCGAGAUGACUCCAUCUCCGCAACCGUUAUCGCCGUCGAAUAACUACAAUCUUCCAAAUACGCCCUCACCCUACAGCAUGGCUAUGGGCGGCAAUACACCACUGAUGUCACCUAACCAUCAGUACCUAGGAGGUGCGGGGGGAGGAGGAGGUGUCCCGACAAACGCAGAUCCAAGUCCGACCCCACUGGAGGUGCACAAUGAAUAUAACGCUUAUGGAGGCGGCCAACAGCAGCAGCAGCAUGCGCAACAACAGCCUCACCUUGCGCGACACUAUGUGCGUCAGCAUCAAAUGCCAUCACAGCAUGAGUCACCACACCAACAACCGCAUCUGCAUCUUCAGCAUCAACAGCAGCAGCAACAACAGCAACACCAGCAACACCAUCAGCAGUUUCAUGGCAUGCUCUAUGCAAACAAUGAUGUGGACAAUUGGGAGGAGAAGUUUGCCAACGUGCUGGCGAAUGUCAGCCACACCACUGCGGCAGCAAUGAACAAUCUCAACAGCAACAACAACAAUCAGUUCAAUAUGCAAGGCUUCAUGGCGGCUACAGCGGCAGGCGUAACAGGUGUGACGCAGCAUGCGCAAUGGAAUUUUCCUCCCAAUCAUGUGGAAGCACAACAACUGCAGCAGCAGCAACAGCAACACCAUCACCAGCAGCAAUUACAGGCACAACAACAACAGCAGCAGCCUAAUAACGACGCCACUAUGGCGGACGUGAUAAGAGGCGGCACCGGUGGCGAUGUAAACAACGCUAAUAUCGAUGAAGGAGGUGCCGAACAGGGUCCGACGAUAAGCACACUGUUGAACUUUGAUAGCGAGCAGCUGGUGCACAUCAACUCAGAGGAACAACAAAUGCUACGACUUACCUCGGAUGAAUUGCGGCUCUCAAAUCUCUCCAUAUCGUCAUAA